AACGAGGACUAUCGUGCGUUGUGCGAGGUGGAGAUUUAUGAUGUGUUUCGGGGUGCGUGGCGAACAGGGUGCCCUUUGUUGCAGCCGCGACGAUCUCUGAGUGGUUGUGUGGCGGGUGGUUGUCUCUUUGCGCUCGGUGGUUAUAGCGGACUGGAACCACUCGACUCCGCUGAGUUUCAUGACCCGCGAUGCCCCGGCUGGUUUGCCCUCGCGUCCAUGCAAGUUGCGCGCAUUGGAGCUGCUGCCGUCGCCGGAGCCGGUUCUGAACUCUACGUACUCGGGGGCUCCGCCGAACUCUUUGGGGAAUGUUACGACAUUCGAGCCAACGCUUGGAGACCCCUACCAGCCCCCAGUCCAGAACUGGUCGCAGGAGGAGGGGGAGGGAGACUCGUAGACAAUCAGCCGGGACUAGGUCUGACGGGUGCGGCUACAGCCCGUAUCCGAGACCAACUGGUGUUGUGCGGAGGUUAUGCCACAAAUCAACUACCGACCACGCGCACACUUCUUCUUGACCUCAAGGACCUGUCUUGGCGACGUGCUGCUCCGGCACCCAGGCCUCUGGCAGACGCCACUCUCGUGCCCAACGGACCCAGCAGUCUCCUGUCCAUCGGCGGACACAAUGGCGAAGGCGCCUGCGACAUGUACGACCUUGUCCAAGAUAAGUGGACAGCCAACACCACCACCCUCAACAAAGGCGAACGCUGGGGACAUGCUACCUGCGUUCUGAACUUCUGA